AUGCUUCGCCGAUCCUUCCUAUGUUGCCAACAUGCUUCGCCGAUCCUUCCAGUGUUGCCAACAUGCUUCGCCGAUCCUUCCAGUGUUGCCAACAUGCUUCGCCGAUCCUUUCAGUGUUGCCAACAUGCUUCGCCGAUCCUUCCAGUGUUGCCAACAUGCUUCGCCGAUCCUUCCAGUGUUGCCAACAUGCUUCGCCGAUCCUUCCAGUGUUGCCAACAUGCUUUGCCGAUCCUUCCAGUGUUGACAACAUGCUUCGCCGAUCCUUCCAUUGUGGCUGACAAGCUUUCCCGAUCCUUUCAGUGUUUCCCACACGCUUUGCCGAUCCUUCCAGUGUUUCCCACACGCUUUGCCGAUCCUUUCAGUGUUUCCCGCACGCUUUCCCGAUCCUUUCAGUGUUUCCCACACGCUUUCGCGAUCCUUCCAAUGUAUCACUCAAGUUUUUCCGACCCUUCGAAUGUGGCACUCAUGCUUUACCCGAUCCUUCCAUUGUGA